AAAACACGCGCCAAUUUAUCCGGAUGCACUACGAACUAUUGAAACUUUUUAUAUUUUAGUAUUAUAAAGACUAGUUUUUUAAAUCAUAUGAAAAUUAUUUAAUAUAUGUUAUUUACACACGUUAUUCGCAUGUAGUAUUUAUGAUUUUUGAAAUUUAAUUUUUAUAUUGUUUACUUUUUUCCCCUCGUUAAAUAGUUCCACAAUAUGGUUUUAUUUUCACAAUUAAAAAGCGUCAUUUUAAAAUUAUAAACAGAGUUAUAACAUGGCAAAUCGUGGAGGAGCCCAGAGACCAAAUGGAUCAACGCAAGGAAAAAUUUGCCAAUUUAAACUUGUUUUGUUAGGCGAGUCGGCUGUGGGAAAAUCAAGUUUAGUGUUGAGGUUUGUUAAAGGGCAGUUUCACGAAUAUCAAGAAAGUACAAUUGGUGCUGCAUUUCUCACGCAGACAGUGUGUCUAGAUGACACCACAGUGAAGUUCGAGAUCUGGGACACAGCGGGCCAGGAGAGGUACCACAGUCUGGCUCCCAUGUACUACAGAGGUGCACAGGCAGCUAUAGUCGUGUAUGAUAUUACAAACCAAGACACAUUUGGAAGAGCCAAAUCUUGGGUGAAGGAACUGCAGAGGCAGGCGUCACCGAACAUUGUGAUUGCUCUCGCCGGCAACAAGGCAGACCUCUCGAACAAGCGCAUGGUGGAGUACGAAGAGGCCCAGGCAUAUGCUGAAGAGAAUGGACUGCUGUUCAUGGAGACGUCUGCCAAAACUGCCAUGAAUGUCAACGACAUCUUCCUUGCAAUAGCCAAGAAACUGCCGAAGAACGAGCAGACGACCGGUGCAGGGACGAGCGGUCAAGGCCGCCGGCUGGUGGAGUCAGAGGGCCAGCAAAAGGCACCUGGCAACUGCUGCAAGUGAUCCACCUGUGCACGGCUUCUAUGUCACGUUGUUUUCAUGAAUCAUGUUUGUUCCAUUCUUAGCUAGGAGGGCUGGGUGUACCGACUGGCUGUGUUGCAUAGAUUGCAUUUGGAAACAUUCCUGGCAGUUGGAAUAAAGUGGAACCUCCUGAUGAAAUGACUCAUUUCCAUUGUAACCACCAUCUUAUCGAUUGCCGUGCAAAUAUAUAUAUAUAUGACAAAACAUUACAUCAGUGGCAAUUGUUUAUAGGUGAAGUAAUAAGUGUUGAAUCAUAUUAUUGAUCCGUGCUGUGUACUCUGGAGUCCUGCAAUCAUACCAAGAUAGUUUUGAGUGACUGGAACAAAAUAAACUUGCACUGUUCAGUUUUGGUAUUUUCUCACGACUCCUAGUUUUCUUAAUGUACUUUUUCUGAUACCCCUUCGUACUGGCAAUAGUCAUGUACAGCAAUAUGUGCAGAAAUGUGUUCCAAAGAUCAAUUUGUUGUGCUAUUUGUCACUUAAUGCCACUCACCAUGUUGAUUUGAGAUUUUGAAAGUGUUUCCAGUGCAGCUUUUCAAGGUUUGAAUAACCUUUCAUGUGAACAUAAAUAAUACUGGAGCACAUUUGCCUCUUUGGUCUAACAAGUUACAAAAAUACCACUAUACAAACUGUAUUUUGAUUAUAUAUCAUAAGUAAGUUUUUAUAAAUUAUUUAAAAUUUGUAAUUAUAUAUACUCUAUAGCAAUUAUGAACUCCUGUUAUUUUCCUUAGUUGUACAAAAUAGUGUUGCUGCGGUGGCUGUACAUUUUUAUUAAAGUUAUAUUGUUUUGACUAUUAUGUAAUUAAGCUCUAGACUGUAAUUCUAUAAUUGCAUAUUGGGCGUAAUGAAUUUCUGGGCCCAAACUGAGAAUUGUAUUAUAUUUUAAAUGCUUGCUAAUCUUUUUCUGUAAGCACAGAAACACUAAGAUUGUACAGGAUAUAAAAAUUAAUAAAGUUGAUAGGAUAUUA